AUGCAGGGACUCUCGAAAGAUUUGCAGCUGUACAUCAGCGGCCAUCGCGGCCGCCCUGCACUCAUCUACGAGCCGAGGGCGAGCCUUGUCUCGCCUUCCCUUCUGCAACUGUUCGAGGCAUGCAACUGCGACGCGGAGACGACAGCCUUUCUUAUCCGCUCCCGAAACAUGAGCGUGUGGAAGCUGAUGUUAGCGGACUUCCUCUCGGUCUUUCUUUCGCGCACCACCGCGCAGGGCAUGGUCGGGCGUGGUAUGAUGUUCGUGUACUCGACGGAGCAGAUCCGGCGCUUGCUGCGACCGCCGCAGGCGCCGCUCACGUCCCCGCUGCCGCCGGACUUCCAAUUUGACAGUCUCCUCGACAUCGGCGCCGGAGAUGGCGGUGUGACGGAAAAGAUCGCUCCUCUAUUCAAGAAGGUGUACGUCACGGAGUUUUCGGCAUCGAUGCGGUGGCGACUGCGUCGCCGCGGCUACGAGGUGCUGCCGCAUGAUGACCCCUUUCACAUGAACACUGCGGAGAAGCUGCUGGACCGCCGCUACUUUGAUGUGAUCGCGUGCAACAAUGUGCUUGACCGCGCUGACAUGCCGGAGACACUGCUGCGGGAGAUGCGGGACUCGCUCAAGCCGAACGGCCUCCUGGUGCUCGCAGUCGUUUUGCCAUGGUGCCCGUUUGUCGAGGAUGGCCCGCGGCAGAAGAGGCCCAGCGAGAUUCUCCCGAUGGAGGGCGGGGAGUGCUGCCGCGGUGCCUCUUUCGAGGAGUCCAUGUCGAAGUUGGUCGAGAACGUGUUGGUGCCAAUGGGCUUCGAGGUGGUUCGCUGGACCAGGCUCCCCUACCUAUGUGAGGGCAACCUCCGCAUCGAGUAUGCGGUGCUAAGCGACGCCGUGCUCAUCCUGCGUAACCGAGGUGAUGUGUAG